AUGACUUCACGCAAACCUCGGAGACAGAAUAAUCACAAUCCUAUUAACCUCACCGAUUAUGAAUCUGACGCCCCAUACUAUUCCGACAUGCAGCAACAAGCUGCACCCCCGCUCCACUCGAACGAAGAGCUCAACCUCUCUGUUAUCCGCCGCCACAAGCCCUCAGUGACCUCCAUCCUCUCACUUGCCCCCUACGCAGUUGUCUACAUCUUCAGCCCCACUACAAAACAAUGGGAAAAGAAUGGAGUUGAAGGAACACUCUUUGUGUGUCAGGAAACACAAGGUGGCCUAGGCGAAGAGCGCUACACUGCCUUCGUGCUAAACCGCCGCGGGUUGAACAACUUCGACCUUCCUCUCACCGAUGGCGAGAAUGUCGAAAUUACAGAUGAAUAUGUGAUUCUCAAAGCCGAAGAAAGUGCCGAAGGCGAAGCGGGACAGAAUGGCAUCGCCGACCCCUUGCACCCGCAGAAUGUGCCCAACAACCAGACCGGCGGCACGAACAACGUGCGCAUCUACGGUCUCUGGAUCUACUCAGAGCCGCCGCCAAACUCCACCGCGGAGAGUCGCACCAUAAAUGCCCACAUGAUUCUCGAGUGUGCCACCCACGCGGGGGAGAGCAUGAAGCUAGCUCGCGAGCGCCUCGAGGCUAUGCGCCAGACCAGCUUGCACGUUGCGGCAGUGGCGGCUUCCUCACAGGCUCCCCCGAUGGAGGAAAUACAGGCUGGCGUGCCUAUGGGCCGUCAGAUUUCGCUGAAGGAUCUGUUUGGUCAGCAGCGCGCCCAGGACGACGCUUGGAGUGUGCGCGCACACCAUAUGGGCCCCGAGCAGCACCCGCAGCCAUACCCACAGCAGCCCCCACAGCAGCCUAACUAUCAACACAUGAUGCCUCACCAGAUGCCACCCCCUACUCCCCCGCCGCAGCCGCAAUCCGAUGUGCUAGGAGAUCUAUUCCGGAGGGCAGGACUAGCUCAACAAGUCAAUGGGCAGGGGCAAUAG